UUGGAGUCUCAUGUAUAAAAUAUCCAACAACUAAAUAAUAUUACAAUGAAGCAGAACAUCUUUAAAAGAUGUAUUGCGUACAAUAUUCAUAAAAGUGUGAAUUCAACAAGCAAGAAAUAUAUCAUCUUCAUCAACGAGUCGAUGGCAUUCAAGCCAGUAACUGCAAUACCCGGAGUAGGACCGGUAUAUGGUAGAAGAUUGGCUGAGAAAGGCUUUAGUUUGGCUCCCCAAGUUUAUGGAAAGUAUUUGCAAAAGAAUGAAGCUGAGUUCAAACUGUGGUUUCAAGAAAUUUGCGGAGCUAGUGCAAAAACCCAGAUUGACUGUUGUCGAGCUUUCCAUGAAUGGAGCGACAAUUUUCUGUAAUGAUAAUG